GUCGCGUCGACGACUUUGCGAGCAUGAUCUCCGAGUCUUCCAAGGGGCCUAUUUUCACGUCCGACUGCGCCCUUCCAAGCUGUCACUAUGGCUCUAGUCGUGCAGAGAUAACCUUAUGGAGGCCUGGUAGUCAAAGGGGCGCUUCUGCGAUGAGGUUCAAACUCUGAACUUUGAACGAAUGGGGGUGCCGUGAUUCAUGGCCCCGCAUAAAAGCUUCCUGGCCUUGACAUCUGUCAUACUUACAAUAGGCUGCACUCACACCGACUUGCUGUGACCACUUCCGGCACCGCGCGAACAGCAUUCUCCAACUCGGGACCUCGUUUCCAACUUUUCAAAGCUUCUAAAGAUGGCUGGUGACAAGGCUGCCACCAAGGAGAAGAAGGCCGCAGAGCCCAAGGGCAAGCGGAAGGAGACUGAGGGCAAGGCCGAGCCCCCCGCCAAGAAGGCUGCCAAGGCUCCCCCCAAGGAGAAGCCCGCCAAGAAGGCGCCCGCCAAGAAGGAGAAGAAGGCCAAGGACCCCAACGCCCCCAAGAAGCCCCUCACUUCCUUCAUGUACUUCUCGAACGCCAUCCGUGAGAGCGUGAAGUCCGAGAACCCUGGCAUUGCCUUCGGCGAGGUCGGCAAGGUGAUCGGCGAGAAGUGGAAGGGCCUGUCCGCUGACGACAAGAAGGAGUACGAUGAGAAGGCGGCUAAGGACAAGGAGCGCUACCAGAAGGAGAUGGAGUCUUACGGCGGCUCGUCGGGUGCCUCCAAGAAGCCCGCGGCCAAGAAGGAGAAGGCUGCGCCCAAGAAGAAGGCUAAGGAGGAGGAGGAGGAGGACGAGCCUGAGGCCGAUGACGAUGGUGAUGACGACGACGAGGACGAUGAUGGUGAUGACGAUGAGUAAACUGCGACCACAAGCAGCGGAAUCUUGCGUGGGCAUGGCAAGGGUCGCUAGUCUGUACGGAGGCUAGCUAUCCGUAGGUGGCAUUUUGUGGGCUCUACUUGUACCCGUAUGUACCGCUAACUGAAUUCUUCGCUUCUAACGCUACGACUGCUUUGGACGCUGCGUGACAGCCGCUGUCACUGCGCAUGUACUCCACACUGCACCAUACUGCUGUGUGGACGUGACUUGUGUUACAGAGCGGUGUUUGUGAUGCUCCUGACCGUUUUUUGCUCGGGUGUGGACUCCUACACGGACAAUCAUAUUGACUGUUGACUGAGUGCGGAAUAGUACCAACGCAGCCAUUGCUGCGUGCGCGUGCCGGACACCAACCGUGUACAUAAUUGCUAAAGCCCAAGUCCAGGACGCUUGGGACGGCCUGUAACGCUAUGCGCUU